AUGGGAACUUCAUAUCUCAAUCAACCCGUUCGACGCCCAUGUCGUUCCGUCUGGGCGAGUAACAUCAGCCGCGUCCGCCCAAGUGGAUCUGGAAGCAAGCUACCCUCACCUGAGCGGGAGAUAAUCGAUAAUCCUUCGCUCAAGAACGGCCCAGUCUGGAAUCAGUUUACCGGAGGCCAAUUUCUUGGCACUCGUCCUCGAAAGUAUUCUCUACGAGUCAACACUGUCUUUGGUCCCGUUCUAGGUUCCUUCUGUGUCCUCUUCGUAGCUGCGAUAUGGACAAUCUUCACUAAACGUCAAGAAGUCAACUACAAACUCCUUACGACCCUCAUGACAAUGUGGCUGCUCUCCACAGUGCACUUGAUACUGGAUGUCACCCGUGCCAAGGCUGCUUUCAUUGAUGCCCGAGAGCUUCCAGACGGAACUCCUGGGUCUUUGGUAUAUUAUCUCGACUUGUCCAGCCCGCUUCAAGCGGCGAAGUCGGCCACAUACGUGACCAUCACGUUGGUCGGUGAUGGAUUCAUGAUAUACCGCUGUUACGUCAUCUGGGGUCGAUGGUACAUGGGUUUGAUUCCUGCCAUAAUGCUCUGUGGGACGGGAGUACCCGGAUAUGGAGCGGCGUACGAGGUCUCUAAAGUUGCACCUGGCGCCGAGGUGUUCGUCCCGGAUAUUCUCAAGUGGGUUACGAGUUUCUUUGUACUAACGUUCGCGACGAAUGUCAUUUGCACAGGGUUGAUCGUGAUCAGGAUCCUCUCCGUGCAGAGAGCCCUAUCCAAGUUGCACUCAACUCGAGAGCACCUCUCGCUUAAGACAAUUAUUAUCGUCACGGAGUCCGCUGCGCUGUACUCUGCCACCGUCCUAUCGCUGUUGAUCUCGUACACCAGCGGUUCGAAUGGACAAUACCUUGUCCUUGAUCUCACCUCCCCGCUCAUCGGAGUAGUCUUCACCCUCAUCAUCCUCCGAGUGACCCUUGUGUCCGAAUCAGAACAGAUCUAUUCAGCAUCCAUACAGCUCUCUACCCACACCAGCAACUCCAGAGUGGCUCGAACAGAGGAAUAUGGAAUGCAACCUCGGAGGACGACUGUCGCCUCGGUCAAUGUUUCGCACUUCACGGAGAGGAAUAGCCUUGACAACAAAGUGGCUAGCAAUAGCAUGGUUUGA